AUGGGCUCUGUUCAAUAUUGGCAAUCCAACGACGAAGCGGCGAGCGAAUCAUUAGAUAUAAAUCAUCAUGCCAUUUGCAUGGCAAUGGGAGAUAAGCUAUAUUUGGCUCCUUUAGAGAAAGAAAAGAUUAAAAGAGUACUUGAUAUAGGCACUGGUACAGGAAUAUGGGCCAUUGACUUUGCCGAUGAAUAUCCUGAUGCUCAGGUCAUUGGCACAGAUAUCUCUCCAAUCCAGCCCACUUGGGUGCCUCCGAACCUCCAGUUCGAAAUCGAAGACUGUACUCAAGACUGGACGUUUCGCAGCGAGGACUUUGAUUAUGUCCACAUUCGAUGGCUUCUGGGCAGCAUUCAGGACUGGGACGAAUUGAUGCAGCAAGCAUAUCGCGUGCUGCGUCCGGGAGCGUAUUUUGAGAUUUUGGAGCCAUCAGCCAUUAUUACAAGUGAUGAUGGGACCGUGACGGAGACAAGCGCUCUAGGACAAUGGGGCAAGUUCUUCAUUAACGGCGGUAAACAGAUUGGAAGGAGUUUUACCGUGGUUGAAGAUGAGACGCAGAGAAGGUCGAUGGAGGCAGCUGGUUUCGUCGACAUUCAGGAAUUUAACUAUAAGAUGCCAAUAGGAGGCUGGGCCAGAGACCCGAAAAUGAAGGAACUCGGCCAGUUUGCGCAACUGGUCAUUGAAAAAGACACCGAGGGCUACAUUGUCUUCAUGGCAAAUACGCUGGGAUGGACACGAGAAGAAAUCUUGGUAUACAUCAGCCUGCUGCGACGGGAAAUUCGGUCGAACAACUAUCACGCGUAUUAUAAAUUCAAAGCGGUUUACGGAAGGAAGCCGCUCAAUUAA